UGCGGGGAGGAGGUGGAGAUGUCCUUCAUGAAGAACGGGAAGUGGCUGGGGGUGGCGUACCGCGUGCGCAAGGACGCGCUGGCCGGCCGGGCGCUCUUCCCCCACGUCCUGGUGAAGAACUGCGCCAUCGAGUUCAACUUCGGCCAAAGGGAGGACACCUACUUCUCCGUGCCGCCCGGAUUCACCUUCAUCCAACACCUCCCCGUGGCCGAGCGCGUCCGCGGCACCACGGGACCCAAGAGCAAAGCCGAGUGCGAGAUCCUGAUGAUGGUCGGGUUGCCUGCUGCCGGCAAGACGACGUGGGCCGUCAAGCACGCGGCCGCCAACCCCACCAAGAAGUACAACAUCCUGGGGACGAACGCCAUCAUGGACAAGAUGAGGGUGAGGCCGACGGACGCGGCGAGCGCGGGGCUCGUCUCCGAGCUUGUGGAGUUGGGAGAUCUCUGAGGUCGAUGGCUCUGAGGAGCGGGGAGGGGUUCCUGGUUGGAUGGGGUGAUCUUGGAGUUCAUUUCCAACCUCGUUGAGUUGGGAGAUGUCCACGAUCAAUGAGUGGGGAUGGGUUGAUGGUUGGACUCAAUGAUCUCAGAGCUCUUCUGCAACGUUGUUGAGUUUGAAGACCUCUGAGGUGGAGAACUGUGAGUAGGGAUGGGUUGAUGGUUGGGUUUGAUGACCUCGGAGCUCAUUUCCAACCUCGUUGAGUUGGAAGAUCUCUGAAAUUGAUGACUCUGAUGAGUGGAGAUGGAUUGAUGGUUGGGUUUGGUGAUCUUGGAGCUCUUCUCCAAUCUUGUUGAGUUGGAAGAUCUCCGAGAUCAAUGACUCUGAUGAGUGGAGAUGGGUUGACGGUUGGGUUUCGUGACCUCAGAGCUCUCUUCCAACCUUGUUGCAUUGGAAGACCCUUGAGAUCGAUGAUUCUGUGAUGGGUAGGGAUGGGUUCAUGACUGGACUCAGUGAUCUCAGGGCUCUUUUCUAACCUCGAUGAGAUGUAAGACCUCCAAGACGGAUGACUACAAAUGGGGAUGGGUCCGUGGUGGUUUUGAUGACCUCGGAGCUCAUUGCCAACCUCGUUGAGUUGGAGGAUCUCUGAAAUUGAUAACUCUGAUGAGUGUGGACGGGUUGAUGGUUGGACUCAGUGACCUCCGAGCUCUUUUCCAACUGUGUUGAGUUGGAAGACCUCUGAAAUUGAUGAUGCUGAUGAGUAGGGAGGGGUUGGUGGUUGGACUCAAUGACCUCAGAGGUCGUUUCCAACCUUGUUGA